AUGCACGCUGUUUCCCAGAAUAGGAGGUGUGGAAGAAGAGUGGUUGAUAUUGAGAUUCUAAAAAUAUACACUUGUCUCCGAGCUGAUGAUGUGAUGGCCGGUCAACGGGGGCGAGAGUCACCCGUUGAAACGAUGUUAUUGACGGCACUUGCUCCCCAACUAAUUAAUGUCCCAUUCCUUGUACGAACCCCGCGGUCAGCCACAAGUCAGAAUCAUUUAAGGAUGACGACAGUAACCAUGACAACAGUACUUCUACUUAUCAGUACUUUAACAACGGGCAUUCCAGUAAAUACACAUCCAGUAAAUUCAGCGGGAUUGGAUAAAACACUAUUCCAGACAGCGUCAACACUUUCACAAACAGACAAACCAGCCGACAGACAGACAACGAGGGGAGAGGAGCUGACAUCCAGUGGAGGAGCGUUGAGUCAAAUCAUGGAGAAAAUCAACGGAAACACACAAUCAACGAAAACAGAAAAAUUACAGACUGCGACUAGUGAAGUCACGGAAGGUGAAAAUGAAGUGGUUGAUGUACCUCACAGAAUACGCAGAUCUGCUCGCUGCCAGCGUAAAACAGAUGAAGAACUGACGUCAUUACUACAAAGUCUCGGUGGUGUUAAUACCAGAUAUUUGGAUCAAACCAAACAUGGCUUCACUAGUCUGGUUCCAUUUUCGACAAAUUCGGAGAUCGAGAGAUUAAGUAAGCUUGAGAUCGAAACUGCAUUAAGGUCCAAUAACAGCGAAGUAAACACAAGAUGGCAACCUCAUCUACAGGUUAUCCGCUCAAGUCUGGUUACCCCAGAAGAAGUUAAUGUACAGAGAGUUCGAAGAACUGUUGUAGGGACAACAGUGUCUGACUUCUGCGUUACGAGUGGCCAAGAAACGACGAGGGGGUACAUGCGCACAUGUGAUACAUGCGCAGCGACGACGGAACUUUCAGACGACUAUUUCCCGCGCUAUUUAAAUGAAGCCGUCUGCAGCAGUACUACUGAAUGUUUAUCGGGAGGAGGAAAAUGUGUUGAAAGGAUGCUUAAUUUAUCAAUACUCCACCGCACUGGUACCUGCACAGUGGUAGCAGCGACUACUGGUAGUGAAGCCUACUAUGUUGAAGACUGGGAAUCGUCGAUGCAUCGAGCUAGAGUAGCUUGUGAAUGUGACAUCGAUGUACAAUCUGUUUUUGCUCAGUAUGUAUGACCGCAAUGCCAUAGCAGUCUUAGUAUUAUAUUAUGUGGAUGACCGAUAUGCUGCAGAGGGUGCCCCCGCCCCCCAAAAAAGAAGUUCCCCUUGUGUAAACAGAAGUACACCCUUCCCAAAACAAAACACCUAAA